GUCAUGCUGUCAUGUUCAAGUUGUAUGGUUAUGGUAUUUGAACUCAUUAAGUAAAUCCAAAUGUAUUUUUGUGAUUGAACUUUGUUGUUACAACAUGUAAAUUGCAUUAUAUUUAACUAUUAACAUUACAAUAAUUGUCCAUUUGAAAAGAACAAGGCUAAAGGUGAACAGCUGUUUUACAUUUUUAUUGUGAUUUAACACAGUUUCUAAUUUUAUAUUCCAUUCAAAUGGGUAAUGUUAUUGGUUUCAGCAUGUUUACCCUUACAGUACGAACACUUUUAAGAAGAUGUGUAGGCAGAGGUUUUGCAAGUUCUCUAGCAAUGUCCAAAGAGCAAACACCUCUUGUCGAUGCUGUCCAAGCAGGUUCUAUGGGAGAGAAGUGUUUCUUGGUUGAUGAGAAUGAUAAAAUAAUAGGACAGGCUUCAAAAAAGGAAUGCCAUUUCAUAAAAGAAGAUGGGGACAUUCCUCUGCAUAGAGCAUUCAGUACUUUUUUGUUCAAUAAGAAGGGGGACCUUUUACUUCAAAAGAGGUCCGAUACAAAGAUAACUUAUCCCAACCAUUAUACAAAUACAUGCUGUAGUCAUCCUGUAGCAGAUUUUCCUGGAGAAGAUGAGGAGCAGAAUGCUAUAGGUAUAAAAAGAGCAGCUAGAAGGCGGUUACAUUAUGAAUUAGGUAUUCCAUUGGACAAGUUACCUCUAGAAAGUUUCAACUACAUAACACGGUUGUACUACAAAGAUGAAGGGAAUGGAAAAUGGGGUGAACAUGAGAUUACUUAUGUACUUUUCAUUCAAGCUGAUGUAAAGGUGAAGCCUAAUUCCGACGAAAUAUCAGAGAUUAGUUUUGUACCUAGGUCUGAGCUAGACGAAUAUGUACCAACUUUAAGUGGUCCUUUAACGCCAUGGUUCCAGCUCAUAUUGAAACAUCGACUGAGAUUGUGGUGGGAUCACUUGGACAAAUUGGAUGAAAUUAAGGAUCAUGAGCAUAUUUUGAGAUUUGAUAAGACGAAAUAGUGAACAUAAAUUUCAAACACAACAUGGUUCUCGAAUAAUUAUUCUUCUAAAUAUUAAACAUUGUUUAUUUCUUUGUAUUUAUUUGCAGUCCAACGUUUAUAUUCGUAAUAUAUAAUUCAUAAUAUCUUAA